AUUCCCAUGGAGUGGCAUAAGUUUUCACAGAACUAGAGAUAGACAAGGCACAAUGGUUUGCAUGAAGCCCGUUCUUUUAGGAACUGCACUUGUCGUUGCCGCGUCGCUUGCUCCGGUGGGUGAGAGCCGUUCUGCUCGGAAGGACCUUGGCAUCAACAUUGGGAAUGGCCUGGGGCUCGGGAUCUGGGUCGGUCUAGGCGCUGGCGUUGGUGCAGGGGGCUCUGGCUCCGGAUCUGGUUCUGCGUCUGCGUCUUCGUCUGGUUCUAACUCAGGGUCCGGGUCAGGUUCAGGGUCUAGCUCUGGCUCGGGAUCAGGGUCAGGAGGUUUGGGCCUUGGACUUGGUGUUGGAGUUGGUAUAGGUAUAGGUGCCGGCGGUUCCGGCUCAGGCUCUGGAUCUGGUUCAGCAUCUGCCUCUGGCUCUAGCUCGAGCGCUGGAUCUGGAUCUGGAUCAGCCUCGGCUUCUGGUACUGGUUCGGGCUCGGGCUCAGGAGGGGGCCUUGGGCUUGGGCUCGGGCUCGGUGCUGGAGUUAGUAUUGGAUUAGGUGGUAUUAGUGAUCCAAGCUCAAGCUCGGCUUCGGCUUUGGCUUCUGGCUCUGGGUCAGGGCCUGGAAAUAGUUCGAGAGCUGGAUCAAGUGCAUCAUCUUCGGCAGGUUCUAGUUCAGGCUCCAGUGCUGGGUCAUACGCUGCAUCUGGUGCAGGAUCAAGUGCCGGGUCCAGUGCAAGAUCAAGCGCAGGGUCAAGUGCAGGAUCACCAAGUGGGCAAGAGCACCAUUGAUGCGUGUGCGUGUUACCUUGAAGACCAGGCGCUCUAAUAAUCAUCUGGGUUAGCUUUAAAAGAUAUGAACAACAAUGGCAAUUACUUAAUUAGGUUUCAAGUACUAUAGUCCGAUAACAUCUUACAUUUUGACAUUGUGUGUUGUACAUUUUGGAUGUGGAGACUGUUAUAUGUUUUCGUUAAAGGAUGCUGCACAAAAAAUGAGUGCUUGUUCUCUUUC